AUGGUUGACAACUCUGAAACAGCCAAAAAUGGGGAACAGCUUCCUGGAACCAAGAAACAGUUCAUUCUGAAUGCCUUUGUUAUGAAUACUCCUGGUCAUCUGGCACCCGGGCUCUGGAAGCACCCCAGAAACAAGACCGAUCAGUACAAGAAACUCUCUUUCUGGACAGACCUCGCUCAGUUACUAGAUAAGGCGAAUUUCCAUGCGAUGUUCAUAGCAGAUACCCUAGGACCUUACGAUGUGUACAAAGGGCCUGCCAAUGUGGUUCCUGCGCUGGCUUCGGGUGCGCAGUUUCCAGUGAACGAUCCAUUGUAUCUCGUUCCGGCAAUGGCAGCAGUGACAAAAAAUCUUAUAUUUGGGGUAACUGCCAGCUUGACUUAUGAGAAGCCCUAUGCACUCGCUCGACGACUCUCCACCGUUGACCAUCUCAGCGAAGGCCGCGUCGCAUGGAACAUUGUCACAUCUUACCUGGAUAGUGCUGCACGAAACCAUGGAUUGAAAGACCAAAUCCCCCAUGAUGAGCGAUAUGCAAUUGCUCAUGAGUAUAUGGAAGUGGUUUACAAGCUUUGGGAAGGAAGCUUUAGAGACGAUGCCGUGUUGGCUGACCGCGAACUCGGUACAUACAUCGCAAGUGACGCUGUCCUCCCGAUAAAUCACAAGGGUAAAUAUUUCGAGGUUCCUGGCCCUCACUUCUGCGAGCCAUCACCUCAACGAACGCCAUUUUUGUUCCAAGCUGGAGUCUCCGAGGCGGGCAAUGGGUUUGGAGGCAAGCAUGGAGAGGCGAUCUUCAUCGGUGGCCAGACCCCAGAGGCUACUCGUGCGACCGUGGAGAAUAUCCGGAAAAUCGCCCAGCAGGAAGGCCGUGAUCCAAAUCACUUGAAAGUCAUUGUAGGAAUCAACGUGAUUGUCGCAGCAACAGAUGCGGAAGCUGAAGCGACACGGGAGGAGUACUUGCAGUACGCCGAUGCUGAGGGUGCACUGGCACUGUUCGGUGGAUGGACUGGUAUCGAUUUGUCGAGUUAUUCGGACGACGAAGAUUUCCGCGUUGUGGAAUCGCCUCGGGUUCAAUCCAUCGUGCGCAGAUUCUCUGCGACUGUCCCUGGCACAGAUAACCUGCCUUGGACGAAGAAACGCAUCGUGGAGUACAUUAGCGUUGGCGGGCUCCAGGCCAAGGUGAUUGGUAGUCCCACGACAGUCGCCGACGAACUAGAGCGAUGGGUUGAAGUAUCUGGUGUCGAUGGGUUUAAUCUAGCCCAUAUUGCGAACCCAGGAACUUUCGAAGACAUCAUCGAGUUCCUGCUCCCUGAACUGCGGCGACGGGGUCGCUUCCGGUCCAAGGUGGAGCACGAGGGAGCGACUGCGCGAGAACUGUUUAUCGGAUCCAAACGAUUGCCAGAGGAUCAUCCAGGGAGCAGAUAUAAGUGGAGAGCAGGAGAAGCUGUUCCCGAAUAUCUGCGGAGAGGUGGGUUGUACGAUGGGAAUGACACGCCUUCGUAG